AUGCUCAAUAAGGCCAUCAAAAGAACUUUAGCUACAAGUGCCGAACUCCACCCAAACAGAGUCCAUGGCGGGUUGAAGGAUCAAGAUCGUAUCUUUCAAAAUCUAUAUGGUUAUUAUGGACGUGAUUUGAAAAGUGCACAAAAAAGAGGUGAUUGGUACAAGACAAAAGAAUUAGUAUUGAAAGGUGAUGGUUGGAUCAUUGACCAGAUUAAAAAAUCCGGUCUUAGAGGUCGUGGUGGUGCUGGUUUCCCAUCAGGUAUGAAAUGGUCAUUUAUGAAUCCACCAGGUUGGGAAAAAAAUCCUGGUCCAAGAUAUGUUGUUGUUAAUGCAGAUGAAGGUGAGCCUGGUACUUGUAAAGAUCGUGAAAUCAUGAGAAAAGAACCACAUAAAUUAGUUGAAGGUUGUUUAUUAAGUGGUCGUGCAAUGAAUGCAACAGCUGCUUAUAUUUAUAUUCGUGGUGAAUUUUAUGAAGAAUAUUUAGCAUUACAAGCUGCAAUUGAUGAAGCUUAUAAAGCAGGGUUAAUUGGUAAGAAUGCAUGUGGUUCUGGUUAUGAUUUCGAUGUUUUCGUUCAUAGAGGAAUGGGUGCUUAUAUUUGUGGUGAAGAAACUGCAUUAAUUGAAUCAUUGGAAGGUAAACAAGGGAAACCAAGAUUAAAACCACCAUUCCCUGCUGCUGUUGGUUUGUUUGGUAGACCUUCAAAUGUGACUAAUGUUGAAACUGUUGCAGUUGCGCCAACUAUUUUACGUAGAGGUGCUGAAUGGUUUGCUGGGUUUGGACGUGAUAAAAAUCAAGGUACAAAACUAUAUGGUAUUUCAGGUCAUGUUAAUAAGCCAUGUGUUGUUGAAGAAGAAAUGUCAAUUCCAUUAAAGGAUUUAAUUGAUAAACAUUGUGGUGGUGUUCGUGGUGGAUGGGAUAACUUAUUAGCUGUUAUCCCAGGAGGUUCUUCAACACCUUCACUUACACAAGAAGCUGCUGGUAGAGCCUUAAUGGAUUAUGAUGGAUUGAAAGAAGUUGGUUCAAGUUUGGGUACAGGUGCUGUUAUUGUUAUGGACAAAUCUACAGAUAUCAUCAAGGCUAUCUCAAGAUUAUCUGAUUUUUACAGACAUGAGUCUUGUGGACAAUGUACACCUUGUAGAGAAGGUACUACAUGGUUGGCCAAGGCAAUGAAACGAUUUGUUAUCGGUGAUGCUCAGCCUAAAGAAAUUGAUAUGAUUAUUGAGAUUAGUAAAAGAAUUGAAGGACAUUCAAUCUGUGGGUUGGGUGAUGCCGCUGCAUGGCCUGUUCAAGCAUUGAUUAAAAAUUUCAAGCCUGUAUUGUUGGAAAGAAUGGAUCAAUUCCAUAAAGCACAAGGACGUAAUGAUAUUCGUUAUGGUGGUUGGGUUAGAGAGGCUAAAGUUCUCGAUGGUCAAGUACAUGGCUUACCACAUGAUUUCCACCAUUGA